AUGGCGACGACGGGGGAGACGACGAUGCGACGGUGGCGCGCGUUCUCGGCGACGCGUGCGCGCGUCGGUGGACGCGGGAGGGUGGGAAAGAUGCGGGUGCGAGCGCGUGGGAGCUCGGAGGAGGAGUACGGGGAGAUUGUGGACGUCGAGGCGGUGGAUGCGCGAUUGGCGCGAUUGGACGCGUUGGGGGCGCGACUCGGCGCCGUGUACGCCACGACGGACGACGAUGAGGACGACGGGCGGAUAGGAAGGGAGAGUGUUUCGGUGGAGAGGAUCCAGGGCGGGGCUUUGAUCGAACGUGGUGGCGACGUGGACACCGUGCAGCUCAUCGCGUGCAAGUUCCAGAUGAAGCGAACGAUGGCGUUCGGCGAGGAGCUGCGCUUGGUCGGUUCGCACGCAAAGUUAGGGUCGUGGGAUAUGAAUAAGUCGCUCACGCUAACGUGGGGUGAGGGCGAUGUGUGGACUUCGGACGAUGUCGAGCUCCCGGUGGACGGCGUCUUCAUCUACAAGUACGCCGUCGUGCCGGCGGGACAACCCGCCGUCGUCAAGGAAUGGCAGUCCGGGAACAACCAGGUGCUCACGCUGUCUUCGAAUGAUCACCCGCGACUGUGGAUCUACGACGCGUGGAGCGGGGAUCCGAACAAGGCGAGCAUCUACCGCGAGGACGGGUUGUCAGAGAACAAGGAGGAACGUCUCAUCAAUCGAGUGAAGAACGCCGACGACCGCGUCAAGAUGGUGGAACAAGAGGUGAAGUAUUUGCAGGAAGAUUUACAGACAGCGAACGCUAAAGUCAAUGCGCUCCGUGAGGAAGCUCGAUUGGCGGCGAACGUGCGUAUCGCGCUCAAGGAACAACUCAAGGCGGAACAGCAACGAAGCAACGUGCUGAGUUCGCAAAUUGACGCCUGGAAGAUGAAGUUCAUGCAACUUAGCGACGGGCAAGAAAAAACCGGCAACAAGACGGUACAGUACGACGCAAGCGAUGAAUCGAAGACGCGCUAA